AUUGAGCGAACGCACCCCUCAUUCAUUUCAAAACACCUUUAACCUCCCGCGAUAGAAGGGGCGUGUGUAUAAUCCUCCUUCGCCCCCCUCUCGUCUCUUGCGUCGUCCAUUCGCUUAGAUUCGAUCCAAUCCGCUUCCCUUCGAAUCCACCUCUCCUACGUUUUCGCUCUUCGCAUUCUAGGGUUUCGAUUCGCCUUAAUUUUGAGGGGGGCGCUUCUUGCUUCGCGUUGCGGUGGUGUGGGGAUCCGGCCGUCGCCGCUCGAGUCGUCGUUAGGGUUUGCGGGAUUCGCCGAUCCGAGUCUCGACCGGAUUUGAAGAGGGGGCGGGUGCUCGGUCGUCUUCGGUUUGCAGUUCAGGAUGUUCUGGCGUAUGGCGGGAUUGUCCACUGCGUCUCCGGUGGAGACUAUUCUGGACAAAGAUAGCUAUACUUUAGAGGAGCUUCUUGAUGAGGAUGAAAUUAUUCAAGAAUGCAAAGCACUUAACAAUCGUCUCAUUAAUUUUUUGCGGGAAAAACCUCAGGUGGAACAGCUUUUGCGGUACAUCGUGGAAGAAGCUGAUUCUGAUGCUGAGAAGAAGCGAACAAUCAAGUUUCCUUUCAUCGCUUGUGAGAUCUUUACUUGUGAAGUUGAUAUAAUACUGAGGACAUUGGUUGAUGAUCGGGAGUUGAUGGACUUAUUGUUUUCUUUCCUUGAACCUGAUCGUAACCAUAGUACACAGCUGGCCGGGUACUUUAGUAAGGUUGUCAUUUGCCUGCUGAUGCGAAAAACGAUGCCUUUUAUGAAUUACAUUCAAGAUCACUUGGGACUUGUUAGGCAAUUAAUUGACCUCAUUGGGAUCACAUCGAUUAUGGAGGUUUUGGUAAGGCUCAUUGGUGCUGAGGAGCAUUUGUACACGAACUAUACAGAUGCAAUGAGCUGGUUAGAAGAUAUAGAUGUCCUGGAGAUGAUUGCCAACAAGUUCAGCUCUUCAGACUGUCCAGAAGUACAUGCCAAUGCUGCUGAGACACUGUGUGCUAUAACAAGAUUUGCUCAUGCCGGUCUUGCCAUUAAAAUCUCUAGUCCCAGCUUUAUUGGGAGAUUGUUUCGGCACGCAUUGGAAGAUUCUAGGCCGAAGUCAGUUUUGGUUAACUCCUUGUCUGUAUGCAUAUCUUUGUUGGACCCUAAGAGGUCAACGCUUGGUCCAUAUCACACAUAUAACCGCCAACUUACUCAUGGAUCUACUGUAACGGCUGAUCCUGAGACGGUUGAAGGCAUGUUGGAGAGCUUAGGUGAUCUCCUUAAACUUUUGGACGUAUCGUCAACUGAGAAGGCAUUGCCAACCACCUAUGGCAAGCUGCAGCCACCUCUUGGAAAACACCGUUUGAAGAUUGUAGAGUUUAUUGCAGUUUUACUGACUGUUGGAAGUGAAGCUGCUGAGAAGGAACUGAUUCGUCUUGGAGCAGUUCAGAGAAUUCUGGACUUGUUCUUUGAGUACCCUUACAAUAACUUCUUGCAUCAUCAUGUUGAAAAUAUUCUUUUAUCAUGCUUGGAAAACAAGGACCAUUCUCUUGUUGAGCAUGUUCUUCAAGGUUGUAAUCUCAUAGGAAGAAUCCUUGAAGCGGAAAAGAAUUCCUCUUUAACAGCUAAACCAGAUAAGCCAACAGUUCCUACUGAGGGCAGAUUACCUCCCAAGAUAGGCAACAUUGGACACUUAACACGAAUAUCGAAUAAGCUUGUUCAGCUGGGGACUAGCGAUACUGAAAUUCAGAAACACCUGCAGGAAAAUGGUGAGUGGAUUGAUUGGGAAACGAAUCUGUUGUCAAAUCGCAAUGCAGUUGAAAAUGUGUAUCAGUGGUCCUGUGGGAGGCCUACGGCAUUACAAGACCGGCCAAGGGAUAGCGAUGAUGAUGAUUAUCAAGACAGAGACUAUGAUGUGGCAGCCCUAGCAAAUAAUCUGAGUCAGGCCUUCCGUUACGGCAUUUAUAGCCAUGAUGAGAUUGAUGAGCCUCGUGGUUCACUUGAACGGGAUGACGAGGACGUUUACUUUGAUGACGAAUCCGCCGAGGUGGUCAUAUCCUCUUUGCGUCUUGGAGAUGACCAGGAAAGCGGAUCGCUUUUCACAAAUUCGAACUGGUUUGCUUUUGAUGACCAUAGAGUUGCCACUGACCGCUCGACUGACAUGCUUGCUUCCUCGUCUCUUGACAAUGAUGGCAUCGGCCACACCACCAGCAGUGGCAAUGAUGGGGUAACUGUUGAUGAGGGCACUGACUCAGUCCCCGAUGCAACAUCUCGUCAAGAACCUGCUGCAAAACUAGAAGAUACUCUGCUCAAUGACGCAUGUGAUGACAUAAAAGAAAUUGGGGUUAGCGAAACUGAAAAGCAGCCUGAAUGGGUAGACUGGGGUGAAGUGUCUGACAUCAUUGAUCAAACUGACACAGAUAAACCACCAAUUGUUCCCAAUGGUGAAGUGGAAACGGAGAAUCUGGGCAAUCAUGAUGGCGAGUCUGAGAAUAGGGGUGACCAUAGUGAGACUGAUGCAGCUGAACCUUCUCCAUCCACAGAUUUGUCGAUGAAUAAUGAGAGAAGUGCCGGACAAGCUCUCCAGCCUGCAAGUGAAACUCCUAGCUCCAAUCCUGCUGAGUCAGUAUCUGGUCAUGUGGAUCCAGGUUCAAGCCAAACUGAUGCAGAGAUGGUAGCCAAAAUAGAAGUCACUUCUGAAGUUAGUAUAGCAGAUGAAUCAGGAGUUAAGGAAUCUGGGAAUGUGAUCUCUGAGGUUGAUAAAGAGAAAGCAGUGGGAGUUGAGAAAACUGAGAAUUAAGGCCAUGACUGGUUCAUUAUCCUCAGGCUCCCCAGAUUCUUCGUUCAACUGGAGCAAUCAAAAUAUCUCAUUCGAGAUGUGCCACUUGGUAGUAGAUGGCCAUCUUCGAAACCAGUCCUGCAACAUCACACAAGAACAGUGCCGUCAAGUGUUGUUCUGAUCCCUCGAAAAAAUCUUGAAGCACCAAAUGGGAAGCGGGGGAAUUUCUUGCAAAGAUUUGAUGUGUUCAUUAAUGUUUUGUUGCUCCUACUAGGUAUACUUUUGUCCAUAGAGUUUUAGCACUGAAACAGUGUACUGUACACGAUUGUCUUCAGCUACUAUCGUUAAAUUGGGGAAUGAAGCAUCUUUUGCUUGUUCCAAUGUA